AUGGAAGCAAUACUAGAAGCGCUUCGAAGCAAAGAAUUUCCAUCGUCUCAAAUUACGGCUCUUGGCAUGCUUUCGUCUCUUGUGGGAAGUCUCCGAGGUUCAAAUAAGCCGUGUGUCGAAUCUUGGUUGCUAAAAAUAGCAGGCUUCGACCGAACUUGCGGUGAUACGACAAAAACAGACGAAACGAAAGCCGACGAAACGAAAGAGGAGGAGAGAGCGGCGAGGAAUUGGGAGAAGAGAAUCGCGUUUGUACUAUCGAACCACGAGAAGGGCUCGAUUUUUAAAGCUAUGGAGGAAUGCUUUAAAAGCAAUUCGAUAGAGAUAGCAAGGUCUUGUCUUGUUGUGUCCACGUGGCUUGUGCACAUGCUUUACAGUUUUCCCGACUGCGGAACACGAGACGUUGCCCGUAAAUCGUUACUCGACAAGUUCGUAAACGUGCUGCAAUCAUCAAAGAAUCUCGAGGAGAAGAUAUUGGCUGCCCUCGCUUUAAGAGGAUUCGCGAGCGAACCAUGUGGGCUCAACGAAAUCGGGGUAUACGCUAAAAGUUUAUGGAAAACCUUGAGGAAGAUUAAGAAGAGUUGCACGGCGGCCAGUGAUAUAACGAAAGCACUCAUGAACUUACCAUCAAUCGAUGCUGCGGAUUUGUGGUCCUGUGUCGAAGGUCCCGCGAUAGAUGUGUCGGUGAAUGGAGAAAUCCUGUCGAUGAUUCAUGUAAGAAGUCGAUUGAUCAGUAGCCAUUCCGAUGGAACUAUAAAGGUAUGGGACACUGCGAAAAGGGCUCCGAGGUUAAUUCAAGAAGCACGCGAACACUCGAAGGCGGUAACAUGCCUUUACGUUACUCCUUCGUGCGACAAGUUGUAUAGCGGAUCUUUGGACAAAACCAUACGUGUUUGGUCAAUCAAACAGGAGGAAAUUUAUUGUAUUCAGGUACAUGAUGUAAGAGAGGCGGUGCUGGCACUCGCAGCUAACGCGAGUGUCGCCUGCUUCUCGUCGCAAGGAAAUGGAGUUAAGGUGUAUAAUUGGUCGGGAAUCGUGAAAAACAUCGGCUUCAACAAACAAGCCAAAUGCCUCGCCCUGGAUGGAGAUAAGCUCUACUGUGGUUGUUCUGGUUACUCUGUCCAGGAGGUAGAUUUAAAAACACAAUCAUCAUCAACAUUUUACUCCGGCGCCAAAAAGUUACUAGGCAAACAAACAAUCCACUCCGUCGAAAUCCAAGACGGUCUUCUAUACGCCGGUGGAUCAUCGGUCGACGGUGUAGCAGGAAAGGUUUUCAAAUUAUCGAGCAAGGCGGUGAUAGGAUCGUUGCCGACUGGUCUCGACAUUCAGCAAACUACGGUAAACAAUGACUUCAUAUUUACGGCUACGAAAUGUGGAAUCAUAGAAGUAUGGCUGAAAGAAAGAGUGGCGAAAAUUGCUUACAUCAAAAUGGCGUGCGGCGGCGGGAGCACGCGAAUCACGGCCGUCGCAUCGGAUUCCGAUGGGCAGAAGCUUUUUUCGGGAACUUCCGAUGGGAGAAUCCAGGUUUGGAGUUUGGACUGA